AUGAAAUAUUGUAAAUACUGCUUACGUACAGAUGUGGACGAAUGCAGCAGCAACAAGCAUAACUGUCACGCGCAAUCGACAUGCAGCAACACCGACGGUGGAUUUACGUGCACCUGCAAUGACGGCUAUUGGGGAGACGGUGUUAAAUGUUAUGGUAGGUUAAAAUUAGAAGCUUUGAUCGCUUAUAUCCUUUACCGAAGACAAUUUAUUCCGUAGAUGUAAUGUCAGUCUAGAGAACUCGCUGUAACAGAGCAUUUUUUCCCUGUCUACCGUCUUUUUCGCGCACCCGAUAACAAGAAACGCCUUGUUGCAGUUUAGUAUAUACCGAAAUAAAUCCUCUGAAUCAGAAUUUGGGGGUGAAUUGCAAAAUGCUUCACAUAACUUUACAAUUAUCUAGUACCAAGAGCCAAUCACUCCCUAGAGUCCAUAGGUGUCAGUGGGUUAGAAUAUCAGUCUAUUUUGAUUUGAAAGUAGCUGGGUUCAUAGUGGCUCAAACAAUUCAGCAUGACAGGAAGGCUUCUUAGUCCUCGCUUCCACAUUUUUUUACAUAACAGUUAAAUUUUUGUCACUUGAUACUUCGCUCCUCUCGUCCAUUCUACUGAGCUCUGAUUGGCUAAGAGGAUUUUUGCCCGAAUUAUAAGUCUAUAAAAGGUGGUAAAUAAUUCAUCUAUUUUGUGUUAUUUCUCUCAACCUUGGAGUCAGGUUUGAAUUUUGAUAAUUUGAAACUGGCCAAUUACGUUUCCUUCUAGGUUGUACAACCAAGCCGUGCCAAGAAGAGUUCUACCUAUCUGCGUCAUGCACCCGAACACGUGACCGAGUUUGCACAGGUGGGCAAGUUUUUAUAUAUAUUUGUUCAUAAAAGUUAGUGUUCUAGGAAUUCUACGCCAAAGAUGUGUUACCUGCUGGUAAAAUAAUUUUCGAAGUAUGCCAUGAUUUCAUGUAGUCUUUAACACCCUUUUUUAUCACUGUAUUACUGUGGCAAUGUAGUGUUAUCAUAUCCUUUUAACACUUUCACUGCCCGAGUGAAUGAUGGAGUCCAUCGUUUGAGUCGAUUUUUUAUUCAUUUUAUUUAAUUUUAAUUCUUAAAACUAAACUAGUGAGCAGCACUCUGCGAACUGUUGCUGUAAAACUUGUUUAUUCUCCUACGCGUUUCGUCUAACUAACGUAGACUUCUUCAGGGAGUUUUACAAUCAAAUACUAACGCCUGUAUUUAAGCCAUAAUAUGACUGAAAAUAAUGAUGGGCGCAAACAUUGAAGGUUUGGCCGGAUUUUCGAAAAGGAACAGGCGCAGCUGUGAAAUUUUUUUAGCAAGGCGUGAGAAAACUUUGGGGCCACAGGUUUAGCUAAAACCGUGGCCCCUACGAAACGCGUAGCAGAAUAAACAAGUUUUACAGCAACAGUUCGCAGAGUGCUUAGUUUUUAAAAUUCUAAAAAUUUUAAAAAAUGGUCAAGGUCCAAUUAUGUGACCAUUCAACUGAAAUCUAUUUGGCGAUGCUUUCACUCGGCAAUGUUGUUUUCCAGCAUUUUACGAGUUGAUAAUGUUAAGCCAGCUUUCAGAUUGAUUAGUGCUCUUAAUGCCUAAGCAAGCUGAUUUGACUCAUUUUGUUUACAGCUUGCACCCCCAAAUGUGACGGGACGACAUACCAAGCUUAUGGCUGUGGAUUAACGUUCGAUCGGAAAUGUGUCGGUAAGGAAUCAUAGUUCGCCUACUCGGGUGACGUUAAGAUCAACAUUCUUCGCGUAAAUUGUAUCGAUGUCUUGCCAUUGGAACCAGAAAAAAUUGAAACGUUCAGUUACACAAAACGUGAUCUGUAACAACCCCUAAAAUAAAGUAGUUGUCUCUUAUACGGUUUACGUAAUGCAACGCUAGCUGCGAAAGAAUGUCCUGUGCUCAAUCAACAACCAAUGUACGUCUUGGAACAUGGCCGCUUCAAAGGGUCUAACAAUGGGAAAUUUGGACGUUUUCUGUUGCAAGAGAAUUAAAAAACCAAUUGUAUAAGGAAAAAAUCUGAUGUAACAGCGCCUAAACACUAUAAACACACGAAUGCAGUCGUGAUGUUAAAGCCAUUAUUACACAUUUUCCUAUUUGAUGCUUUAUUUGUCGACAAGACGUUUUGCGUCAGCGGCCUAAAAUUAAGAAAUUGCAAUUGAAACGAUAAAGAAAAAAACAACAACAAUACUGAGGAAAGUUUAGACAGACAUUAAGGUUCUUUUUUGGUUGAUAGUCUAUAUAGCCAGCUAUUAGUUCCUGGGACCAGGUACAUACAUCUUAAAUGGCGUCGGACGUUCAGCUCAUUCAACGUCUAGUUUGAUGCAACUAGCCCCUGGUCUUACUUUUAGCGCAACAAAGUAUCCUUAAUUUUCUUUAUGUGGCUUCCGUUAUAGAUAUUUCCAGACCCCUAACCUUAGCCAGACCUUCCAAUAACAGUAAUUUGCAUGAAGGUAAUGUGGAACUUUAAUUCUUUUGCUGAGAUGAUUACGUCAGUUUCCAAAAAAACGUGUGCUGAUGCCUUCUUUUUUAUUUAGUUCGAACAGGUUCCAGACUCGUUGUUCUCAAACCCACAAAAAACAUGGUCCUUCUAGAGGAUCGUCUGCAGUUGGAUAGCCAAAACAUAACCUUUGUACUGAAAGGUAACUCACCAAACAGGACUCGUUUGAAUCGGAACUCAAGCUUCUACGUAGACUUGGAAAUUGAGCAAGUCAACCUUGUUCUAACGUACACUGAUUAUGAUGCAUGGAAGUCAAAUGAAAAUCUCAAUUUUGUCUAUGUACGUGGAUUUCCAGAAGUCUUCAGCAACUAUUGCCGCUAUCCAGCCCCGAAUCACUACUCUUUAAAACAUAACCUAGAAAAAAAUCGACAGACAAAAGUGUUCCCGGCAAAAUGUUUUGAACACUCGCUAGGUCUCUGCCCAAGCAACACAGCCCCUGGCGAAGUCUACUACUACAGAUCCAUAAACGAUGCAUGUAUCACUGCCAAAGACGCUCGUAUUUGUCGCAAAGCCAACCAGAGCGAGUGUAGACUGAAAGAGGACCCUAGUAAGCUAUAUUGCACGAAUUACACAAAAAUUGUGACCGAUAUAUUCAAUAUCAAAGAGUCUGACUUUGUCGAUAACCCCUUGGAUACAUUUCCAACGAGCUUCUGCAGCAACGCGUAUCGAGCGUGCCUUGUGUGCAGAGAUUCGUGUUCAAAUUGUGACUCUAACUCAAACAGCCAAGGCAGCAGCUCCUGUUCGUGCUGUUUCAAACGAUGUUUGAGAUCCUGCAGGUAUUACUACAGCAGGGACUGCACUCCGGAGCCUAAGCAGUGCGCUGAAGGGGAUACCAGCCAGUUUACUCUGUCAAUGAAUACAUCAGUCAAUUUGAAUUUACAGUUCAACUGUUAUCUGGAGCUCAACCCUCCGGAGACACUGUAUUCUCUAAGAUAUCGUGUGCAGCACGAGAGUGGGCGAUUCAUCUCCUCGUGGAUAUCUAAAACCUUGAAAACGUCGCAACUAGACGGCUAUCCUUACUCAAACAUACAAGAAGGAACGCAUCACCUAGACUCAUUAGAAAUAUCACACUCGACAAAUUUUGACACAUCUCCCGUUAUUUACCUUCGAGGCCAAAGAGAGUCUUUAAAAACACCAUAUAGUUAUAGUGUAUCGAGCUUAGUUGACGAUGAUGAUGAAACAUUGGGAAAAGCCGAUGCGGAUAACACCAUACACUUUCAAACUAAGACACCGUUUUCGUUGACUACAAGAUCUUGGAGCAACGGUGAGACCUGCCAAAAACUUGCUGACUGGCCCCGAACUCUUCGCAAACCGUAUAGUAAUCUGAAACCCGCAAAAGUGGAACACUUAGGCGUGCAAGGAAAAGGCGAGUCCUUGUAUCAGAUACGAGAUCCCCACCGACCUCCUUCGAUGACCGUGAGGAUUUCCGAUGAUGAGUCUCUUUUCAAAUAUAUUUUGAGGAACGCAAGCAUCCGCAACGAUGAAACAUUCCAAAGCGUUUUGUCACGAAGUAAUACCAGUUGGAAUUUGAAGAUAUCUGGUGUUUUAACAAGCUGCCCUGGUUUCUUCACACUUCAAGCCAUUGAUGAAGUUGACAGCGUCAAGGUUCUUGAUCAAGAUGUGGUAAUAAUUUGUCCUGAAACCCACUUCAAACUAGAAAUUCAUGUUCCAAGAAAGAAUUCGCAAGACAAAGAAAGAUUGUUCAGUGUAUAUCUGUCUGAUGCAAAACAGAAACUGAAACUUCAGCUAGCCGUUGUUGACCAGCCCCCGAGAAAGGGUAAAGAGCCGGUGAAAAAAAGUGAAGACGAAAAACCAGAUCCGUGGUUAACCUUAAUGCCACUCUUUGUGGUUACUGGAUGCAUACUAUUAUGUUUGUUUGCGAUUAUGAUUUAUGCACAAAUUACUCACAAGUCUGAUGAAGAUGUAAAGGAUGGUCCACCAGGCUGGAAAUUUGUCAAAACCAAAGACAUCAAGACUGUAAGAACUGAAAGCAGUGGGAAGAAGACACAACUUAAAGACCCAAACAGGCUUAAAAGAAGGCAUCUGAUUUUAGUCUUAUUUUUCGUGUCAUUUAGGGUUGUCUAUAGCUUAAUUUUUACAUUCUCGAUGGCGUUUGCGAUUCUGACACUUCUUCACGGACCUAAUAUGAAAAUAAUUGAAGAAUACCAGGAAUUCGUCCAGAGCAAAGUUGACGAAAGCAAUGCCAUUGCUUUACAAAUGGAUCAGCACCGCGAAAAAGAGGCAAAACGCAAUUUAGAGUCCAGUGAAGACAUUCAGAGAUCGUGUGACUUCUAUCUGGGACUUCAGCUUCAGUGGCUAAGGUACAACAUGACUUGUUUGAUCCAGGAGAACCACUUAAAAAUGUUCAAUAAGCUGAGCCAGAAAAUUGUCAGAAAAGUAACCGAAAAAAUUCAGGCCUUAAAGAAGAAAAUUGAUCAGCGAGUGAAAGCCUUCCAAGCGAGUACCAGAGGAAAGCUGAAAGACACCAAAGAAAGAUUGAAAAACUAUGGAAGAAGAGUGUACAACAAUGGAUGGUUUGCCUUACCUAAAGGAGCCUAUAAAGUAAAGAAAGCGUUUGGAAGAAAAAGAAGAGAAACAGCAGAAGGCGAGAAUUAUCUAAAGAUUACGCAAUUACUCAACAAGAGCGAAGGAUCCACCGGAUAUCGUUGGAGAGCUCGAAAUGCCUUCUCAGUUAGAGUCAAACGUAGCAUAGCUGACAGUUCCUUCAUCGGUUUUCUGGACUUCAUUGGGGCAGUUGAUCAAGAUAAGUUGGUUGAAUAUGAGAAUAACAUCAACGCCAAGCUUCAGUACGCCAAAGAUGGACUGGCGGAUUUUAACGACGUCCUCAAAACAGGGAAGUCCCCUGAACAUCCACUUAGUACCAUACUCAUGUGUCCUUUGCGUUAUAUGCUAAGCUCUGCAAAGAAGCAGUUGAAAAGUGGAAUAAAAAAGCUCGCGGACGAGGGAGACGAGUGGAUAAAAGCUAGGACCGAAUGUUUUAGAGGCAACACCAGUGAUUUCUUUGCGGCUAACGAGUCCACACCAGAGUUAAGUGUCAGCGAGACAAAUUCCAGUUCCUUUUCCGAGCGUAUUGGUUACGAGGAAGUGGAUGGCUCAGACGGAUUCGGAAACAUUUCCGGAGUGAAUAAAUCCUCUCUAAUCGAAUCAGCACGGGGAGGCGCCUACUACAAUAUCGAAAAAGGAGAUGUUAUGGAGGAACAGGUGGACAAACAAAAGGAGGAAUUGUUAGAAGAAAAGGGAAAGUAUAAAAACCUUACUAAGGCGUAUGAUGCCGAUGUAUUUAUAGUCACCAAAAAAGCAGUUUUGGGUGUUCUUGUUGUAAUCGACAUUCUCCUUUUGAUAUAUAGAGGAUCGAAAACUUACCAGAUGGCUUUUAGAUUAAUUCAAGGGUUCGAAGAAACUGUGAGGCACGAUGAGGAUGAAUUCGAAGAAAAACCACCUGCUAUAAAGCAACGAGCUGAGAGAUUGUUCCGACGGGUUGUCGACUUCGUGGUCGAGAGAUUCUCUAAGUUCCUCACAUUUUGCAAGACACUUCAUAAAAAGAUUAUGCGAACAAAUGUUCUUCCGAUGUGCAUAAUAAUUGUUACUUCUGGUGCUGUUUUGUACUUGAUUAUUGCUGUUGUUUUAAACGUUAUGAACGUUACGGUUAUUGAAGAACUAGGUGGCUAUGAUUUGAUUUCGUCCCGCCUUGAUACCGACUACAAUUUUACCAACUUGGCUAUUGCCGAUCAAGUUGACUUUAUAAAUAAUAACGAAAUGGGACUGUACAAGGAGUCGGUAAACGAGACCUUGUCUGAGUAUAAACGAAUGACAGUGGAUUUCAACCAGGAGCAACGAGAACGCAUUGAGCAGUUUAAACGUCAGAUGUGUUCUCUGGAAAAUGACACAGACGCGUGCUUGAAGGGAAUGCCGCAGUUAUCUGCAUCGACUCUGAAGUUUGAUCCACAAACCUGUAUAAUACCCAAACUGGAAGGGACGCCUUAUGAAGAUUACGAUGGAGAAGCUUAUCGUCAACGACUAAAAAAGGAAUCCAAACGGUUUGUUGACGCCGUUCGAAACAUUGUCCUGAUUACCAUAUACUUCAUCGUGAGUGUCGUAUUGUCGAUUAUUUUGAUAGCUGUUCUAUCUUACGGGGUGUUUGUCUUUCUCAAGUCAAGAGGAAUGGUACGAGUAAAAAAGAUCCAUGUAUACAAGUCAUUGCCCCCGGAAAUUUUGGAACAGUUUCAUCUGACGUCAUCAGAAUGUAUGGACGAACUAGAUGGUAGCAAAACUACAGACGUAGGUAACGCCGGUCCUAAGAAGUUACAGGUUCCCAAGAUUUUCCUCACGGAAUCUAAAGAAGAUUUAAGAACCAGAGAGUCCGAGGCAUGA